AUCCCGCCCGUCUCCCUGCCACCAUGGCUGCUGCUGCUGCUGGUGCUGCUUGCUGAUGCUACUGACGCUGCCGAUGCCGCUCCUACUCUCAGGCUCUCGUCUGUGUAGGGAUUCGGGAUGAUCUUUCGGGUUUUAUUUCGGUUUCAAUGCUUGUAUUUUAUAUUGCCGGAGUUUCUUUUCGACGGUGGUGAAGAGGAUGUCCAUUUCAUUUAGUGUAUUUAUUCUCAGCACGUCUCUACUGCUGUUGUCCGCUGAGGAUUCGUUCGCCUUCAGUCGCCCUGCGGAAUCGGCCACGUUCGCGCUCUUCUCUUCCGGGGUUUCUCUCUUGAUAUUCAGCUUCGUCGUUUCUCCCGGUCGAACGGCUAAAGAUGACCGGACGUGUCCCGAUACUCCGUUUUCAGACUUUCUCUUGAACACUCGCUCCACGUUACCCUUACGCUGCGACGCGGCGGAAAAGCUACGGAGGCUAACGGGUGCGAAAAUACGGCAAACAGGGAUUGUAAUUGUGUUUGCAGUGGCCGCCUUGUGCUUACGAGUGGAGCUUUAUCGCCAAUUAGUGACACGUUCUCACUGCGGCUCGAUAAGUAGUUUGACUUUCAUGCCUCUCGUGUUGGCCGUAUACGAGUAUUUCCUCAGCAAAACUCGGUCAUCCGGCGACCAGACAUUCUCGGACAAGAUCCAGAAAAAGCACUUCAACUACAUCUCCUCCACGGUCUUGCUAGCAAUCGCCGGUAUUUUUACCGCAGCCUUGAAGUACGGACGGGAGAGCACCUUUAUAUGUCCCUCCCUGGGACAUGAUUCGGGAAUAACGCUUUCCUUCCAGCUUCUGGCUGUCGUGCUUGAGAUCAGUUUUGCUUUGGCCCUGGAAUCGUUGGUUAGUUGCGCCGCUCGCGGUCUAGAUGGCACAGCUUGGCAGGUGUCGACGCUCUGGGGAACCGUGUUAUUGGCGGCCGGGGUCGUCCGAGCAGUAAUCGAAGUCAUAAUACUUAAAGUAUCCAAUUCCCCAAUGCUCCCGCCCCUGUCGGCAUCUUACGUGGAGGAUACACUAAGGCAAAGCGCACUGAUUGCAAUUUCCUGCGUUGCCGCAUCCAAGGCUGUAAUAUCGCUUGGGGUGUUCCUAACUUUAGCGUUUUCACACAAUAAUGUCACAGCCUAUCAUCCAAUCAGUAUCCUCAUCUCCGGUGCGAAACGAGAGCAUGAAAUAUGGAUACAAAAAGCUAGUAAUAGCAUGAACCUCAAGGAAGCUGUUGCUGAAUAUCGAAAACGUUACCACCAGGCUCCGCCUCCAGGCUUUGAUUUAUGGUAUGAAUAUGCCAUAAAUCGGUCGUCGCCAAUAAUUGACGACUACGACCAGAUCUACGACGAUCUUCUUCCAUUCCGGGCCCUCUCGCCGAAGCAUCUGAGAGAACUGGUACUCUUGAUGACAAGCGACCAAUGGAAUGACGUAUCGGCAGUAAACAUCCGAGAUGGAAAGGCUGAGGCCCAGGCAGAUAUAAAACCGACUCACCGGUGGAUGAUCGAGGGUAUCGCUCUGAUGAUCGAACCAUUUGCCCAUCAUCUCCCGGAUAUGGACAUUGCCUUUAAUCUCAAUGACGAGUGCCGGGUUGCUGUGCCUUGGGAACGGCUUCACUCGAUGCAGCAUUCUGCGCAUGUCCAGAUUUCCUCUCCACGAGAGAGCCUUGUAAAUACGUGGUCUGAAAAUCGCGCGCAGGGAUGGGUCCGUAGUGAAAUACCGGGUCGCUAUUCGCAAAGACUUUUUAUCGACUAUGCCUUUGAGACAACAUACGAUCCCAUUGGUCGCUCCCUGUGCCCACCAACGUCCAAGGCUCGUACAGCAUACAUAUGGGAUAAACAAACGCUGUGUACCACAUGCGCCCGACCCCAUUCUCUCGGCCAAUUUCUCCGACGGUGGGAAUUAUCCGGUGAUAUCUGCCAUCAGCCCGACCUGGCCUUUAUGCAUGGGUUCUUCUUAUCGCCAGCGUCACUCAAGGUUUCGCGGAAGCUUCUUCCUAUCUUCAGCCAAAGCAAGGUUUCCGGUUUUAACGAUAUCCUCUAUCCGAGUUCCUGGAAUUACCUGGAUAAGGCGAAAUAUGCUCCUUCCGACGAGUUCCCGGAUCCUCUGUACUCUGAAAAGGAGCCCACCGUCUUCUGGCGGGGUACCACAUCCGAAGGUGGAAGCCGACAUGGGACGUGGAAAGGCAUGGUUCGGCAGCGUCUCAUCCACCUCGCCAACAACCACACUUCUAAGCACGUCUCUGUCCUUCUCCCAGCUGAAAAUAAUGGGAAAUAUGCCUACAAAACGUUCCAAGGAUCGGAACUACUCCCCUCCCUUGGCCUGAAUACGUCCAUAUUCAUCGCCGAAUCCGUAGCCCGUUGUGGUAGAACAGAUUGCAGUGCACAGACCUCUGAGCUCGGCACCGUUCCUCGCACGGAUUUCCAAAACCACUGGAAAUACAGAUUCCUCUUUGACAUGGAUGGCGCCGGGUUUAGCGGACGCUUUCUCCCGUUCCUCAGGAGUCGCAGCUUACCAUUCCGCACUGCACUGUUCCGUCAGUGGCUGGACUCACGUCUUACGCCGUGGUUGCAUUUUGUCCCCCAGGAUCUGAGGUUGCAUGAUUUUUACAGCACGUUGGCAUAUUUUGCGGGCGCAAGGGAACUUGAUGAAAAUGGGAAAACGAGGAAGACGAUCAUGAAAGCACAUGAACAUGAAGGGAGGCAGAUUGCCGAGGAAGGGAAAAAAUGGGCGGAAAAAGCUCUCAGGAAAGAGGAUAUGGAGAUAUAUAUGUUUCGUUUGCUGCUGGAAUGGGCUAGGCUAACCGAUGACCGGAGGGAUGAGUUAGGGUUCUCCAUGUGAGGGCUGAAAAUUUUUGACAUGAUGGCUUUUUGAUCGGAUUUGAUGGAUACAUAUUUUGACACUAUUUGGAUAAUUUUUUUUCUUUUACCACCAUCAUCAUCAUCAUCAUCAUCAUUAUUAUUAUUAUUAUAUUUGUUUAUAUUAUUUAGCUCUUAUUUUGGAAUUCAUCUGGACUGUGCGGAG